AUGUCUCCCUAUCCGAUCAACGUCCUCUACGGAACGGUGACCGGCAACGCGGAAGAAAUAGCCCGCCGCAUUCACAACGAGCUCCCGGGGAAGAAAUUAGGCCAAGGGCUUCUGUGCAGUCUCGAAGACUACGCGAACGUCCCUUCCUUCAACCAAGGCGGAAGCGACGGGUACGCGGUCGUGGUUGUCUCCACCACAGGUGAUGGAGACCCUCCCGAGACUAUUCGCCCGUUCAUGCGACUACUUCGCAAGAAAAAGGACACCGAAGUUUUGAAGCAGCUUCGUUUUACUGUCCUCGCCCUCGGCGAUACCAACUACGAGAACUUCUGCAACACAGGUAAGCGAGUCGAUAAAGGGCUUGCGAAGCUUGGUGCCACCAGGUUUUACAAGCGCGGUGAUGCAGACGAUGGCGUCGGACUUGAACUCGUCGUCGAACCGUGGCUCGAGGGAUUGUGGACCGCUUUGUCGAACGAGGUGGAAAGAAAUGCCAAGGAAGGUCCAGUUGAGAGAAAGAAUGUGGUCGAAGUUGAACAAAUGGCACUCGCCCCGCAAGAGAAAGACGAGGCUGAACUUGAAACAGUUGUGAAGGCUGUGACUGUGCAAGAGUUAGGGUUUGACGAGGCGAGGCUGCCAAAAGUUUUUCCUCCUAAACUCAAUGCUUCCGUCUUAGACGCUGGCCCGACGUUCGAGCCACCGACAUCCGUCAACUUAUCAUAUAAUCCAGACGUUGUCAGAUGUGCGUCUAUUUCAGCCGCGCAGUUGCUGACUUCCCCGGAUGCAGGUAAGAUUGUUUGGCAUGUGGAGGUCACUUGUGAUGAGAGCAAUUCCAUCAAAAAGAAGUAUCGCCCCGGUGAUGCAUUCGGUGUCAUCGUUGAGAAUGAUCCAGAUGAGGUGCAACGGUUUCUCAAAAUUAUCAGCGUGGACGGAGACUCAAUCUUGAAGGUCGUAAAAGACAGUGGGGAUUCCAUCGCUACGGCCCCUGUGUCUCAAUUUGCAGCUCAGCGCAUUGAUCUUCGUGCGGUUCCCAAAAAAUCGUUAUUGCGUUGCAUGUCUGACUAUUGCGAGGACAUCGACGAAAGGAAGGCAUUGCUACAUUUGUGCUCUCGAGACGGUAGAAAGCAAUACUCUGAAGAGCUUGUGUCGAAGAACAUGUCAAUUGUCGAGAUAUUGGAACAAAAGGCUCCUUCGUGCCGGGCUCCGAUAUCCUUAUUUUUGGAUCAGCUACCCUGUGUAGCUCCAAGAUGGUAUAGUGCGACCUCCUCUCCGGAACUAGAUGGCUCUGCCGUCCUGCAGUUUGCGUUUAGCGUUGUUGAAAAGGGCCUUGCAACAAAUUCACUAAGCAAAGCCUGUGAACAGUUCUUGAAGGGUCAGCCGACACGCCCCGUCUUGUUGAUUGCACGGGACUCUGACAGUACGAGUCAUUUCCGACCACCAGUCUCAAUGGAGACAGACUAUAUCAUGAUCGGUCCGGGAACUGGUGUGGCUCCCUUCCGAGGAUUUCUCCGGGAAAGAGCGGCCCGCGUGGAGAAAGAACAAGCACACACGCCAUUGAACAGUAAAACAAUUCUGUUCUUCGGAUGUAGAUACGCGGACAAAGAUUUUCUUUAUCGAGAAGACCUAGAAAAAUUGGAAGAGACAGGCAUUUUGUCGUCUUUAGAUGUAGCUAUCUCGCGUGGCGGAGCCAAAAAAGUGUACGUGCAAGAUCGCCUUAAGGCGCGGGCAUCUGAAGUGGCGGACGUUGUCAAGAACGGAGGGAAAAUCUUUGUAUGCGGAGAUGGAGGGGGUAUGGCCCAGAGCGUUCACCUCAUUCUUGGCGGAAUCCUUGCCGAGCACUGCUGCGAAGGGAAUGAGGAAGAAGGUAAGAGCAUGCUUCGUUCUCUAGCCGAAGAGCAUCGCUACGUCCGAGAUAUUUGGUACUACGGAGAGCACAAUCAGUGAAGCAUCCCUCGCAACGGGCGCUCUUGAACUCAGCAUACAUAUAGAGCCGGAUGUUUCGUUCGAAGAAUUAUUGUAGAGUGUUCCUUGCGUGAAUUCAAUGAAGUUUAGACAGCCUGCAAAUUUUUUAAUUUACUUACUUGGUUUCCGACAUAUCGAGACAUAGUGUUUCAAGUUUGCUCGAGAAUGCUUCUAUGCCUGACUACCCUGCAAAGGGCUGAGACGGACGUGCACUACUCACAGGCUUAUAUCUUACCGCAACGUAGGAUUCAGUCCAAGUACUUUUCCUCUUCUCAUAUAUAGCAUAUAUAACACGGUCGACGCGCUUUUUUAAAGAUGUAAAGUUCAAAUAUUAGUAUG